UUCUCCCCAGCUGCUUGUCACACUGACCUGCACCAUCUCUUGACUGCUUGUGGGGUUUCUAUCAACUAGUCCUGGAAGGGAACAGACUCUUUGGAGAAUAACAUUUUAUUGUGGCCAUGCCCGAACCCACUAAGAAAGAGGAAAAUGAAGCCCCAGCGCCAGCGCCAGCACCAGCAUCAGCCCCAGCCCCAGCGCCAGCCCCACCCUCAGGAGAACCAAAUAAAGAGAAGGAGGCCGGAACUGCACCAGCAAAAGAUGAAGAGGAAACCUUCCCGCCUAGUGCCCUGCCUCCAGGUUUGGGUAGUCGGGCCCUGGAAAGAAAAGAUUCAGAAUGGUCUCUUGGUGACUCACCUGCUGGGGAAGAUCAAGAUAAACAGAAUGCCAAUUCUCAGCUGUCCACCCUGUUAGUGGAAAAGCCUCAGUCAGGAGCAGUGAAAGUUGGUGAAAAUAUCACCUUUAUAGCCAAAGUCAAGGCUGAAGAUCUUCUUAGAAAGCCCACUAUCAAAUGGUUCAAAGGGAAAUGGAUGGACCUGGCCAGCAAAGCUGGAAAGCACCUCCAGCUGAAGGAAACCUUUGAAAGGCAUAGUCGGGUGUACACUUUUGAGAUGCAGAUCAUCAAAGCCAAAGAAAACUUUGCAGGAAACUACAGAUGUGAGGUCACCUAUAAGGAUAAGUUUGACAGCUGUUCAUUUGAUCUUGAAGUACAUGAAUCUACCGGAACUACUCCAAACAUUGACAUCAGAUCUGCUUUCAAGAGAAGUGGAGAAGGUCAAGAGGAUGCAGGGGAGCUUGACUUUAGUGGUCUCCUGAAACGUAGGGAGGUGAAGCAGCAGGAGGAAACACCCGAGGUAGACGUGUGGGAGCUGCUGAAAAAUGCGAAACCCAGCGAGUACGAGAAGAUCGCCUUUCAGUACGGCAUCACCGACCUGCGCGGGAUGCUCAAGCGGCUCAAGCGCAUGCGCAGAGUGGAGAAGAAGAGCGCAGCUUUUGCAAGAAUUCUUGAUCCUGCAUAUCAGGUUGAUAAAGGAGGCAGAGUAAGAUUUGUUGUAGAACUGGCAGACCCAAAGUUGGAGGUGAAAUGGUAUAAAAAUGGUCAAGAAAUUCGACCCAGUACAAAAUACAUCUUUGAGCAUAAAGGAUGUGAAAGAAUCAUGUUUAUCAAUAACUGUUUGCUGACAGAUGAUUCAGAGUAUUAUGUGACAGCUGGUGAUGAGAAAUGUUCCACUGAGCUCUUUGUGAGAGAGCCUCCAGUUAUGGUGACCAAACAGCUGGAAGACACGAAAGCUUACUGUGGGGAGAGAGUGGAAUUAGAAUGUGAGGUUUCUGAAGAUGAUGCCAAUGUAAAAUGGUUUAAGAAUGGUGAGGAGAUCAUCCCUGGUCCAAAAUCAAGAUACCGAAUUAAAGUUGACGGCAAAAAACACAUUUUGAUCAUAGAAGGAGCAACAAAGGCUGAUACUGCAGAAUAUUCUGUAAUGACCACAGGAGGACAAUCAUCUGCUAAGCUUAGCGUUGACUUGAAACCUCUGAAGGUAUUGACACCUCUGACUGAUCAGACUGUAAAACUUGGAAAUGAAAUCUGCUUGAAGUGUGAAAUCUCUGAAAACAUAACAGGAAAAUGGACUAAAAAUGGCCUACCCAUUCAGGAGAGUGACCGUCUAAAGGUUGUUCACAAAGGAAGAAUCCACAAGUUAGUGAUAGCCAAUGCUCUCGUUGAGGAUGAAGGUGAUUAUGUAUUUACACCAGAUUCCUACUCUAUUACUUUGCCUGCCAAAGUUCAUGUUGUUGAUCCUCCUAGGAUCAUCCUGGAUGGUCUUGAUGCUGACAAUACAGUGACAGUAAUUGCAGGAAACAAGCUUCGUCUUGAGAUUCCUAUCUCUGGAGAACCACCUCCUAAAGCGCUUUGGAGCCGAGCAGAUAAGGCUAUUAUGGAGGGCAGCGGCCGGAUAAGAGCAGAAUCUUACCCUGACAGCAGCACUCUAGUUAUUGACGUAGCAGAAAAAGAAGACUCUGGUGUUUACCACAUAAACCUGAAAAAUGAAGCUGGAGAAGCACAUGCGAGCAUCAGGAUUAAAGUUGUAGACAUCCCUGAUCCUCCAGUGGCACCGACUGUGACAGAGGUGGGAGAUGAUUGGUGCAUCAUGAACUGGGAGCCUCCUGCCUACGAUGGAGGGUCCCCAAUCUUAGGGUACUUUAUUGAGAGGAAAAAGAAGCAAAGCUCCAGGUGGAUGAGGCUGAAUUUUGAUCUCAUCAAAGAAACAACUUUUGAACCCAAGAAGAUGAUCGAAGGUGUGGCUUAUGAGGUCCGCAUCUUUGCAGUCAACGCCGUCGGCAUCUCCAAGCCCAGUACGCCCUCCAGGCCUUUUGUUCCUUUGGCUGUAACCAGCCCUCCAACUCUCCUGGCUGUCGACUCCGUAACUGACAACAGCGUCACCAUGAAGUGGCGGCCCCCUGACCACAUUGGUGCCGCAGGUUUAGAUGGCUAUGUGCUAGAGUAUUGCUUUGAAGGAUCUGACAACUGGCUAGCUGCAAACAAAGACCUGAUCGACAAGACCAAGUUCACCAUCACAGAUCUGCCGACAGAUGCGAAGAUCUUUGUGCGUGUGAAGGCUGUGAACAAAGCCGGUGCCAGCGAGCCCAAGUACUAUUCUCAGCCCAUUCUCGUGAAGCAAAUCAUAGAGCCUCCAAAGAUUCGCAUCCCAAGGCACCUGAAGCAAACUUAUAUCCGCAGAGUUGGAGAAGCUGUCAAUCUGGUUAUACCUUUCCAGGGAAAACCAAAACCAGAAUUAACUUGGAAGAAGGAUGGUGCAGAAAUUGAUAAGAAUCAAGUAAAUAUUCGCAACUCUGAGACUGAUACCAUCAUAUUUAUCAGAAAAGCAGAGAGGAGUCACUCUGGGAAAUACGAUCUGCAAGUCAAAGUAGAAAAAUUUGUGGAAAGAGCAACAAUUGAUAUCCAGAUCAUUGACCGUCCAGGUCCACCCCAAGUUGUGAAGAUUGAAGAUGUCUGGGGAGAGAAUGUUGCUCUAUCAUGGACACCACCAAAGGAUGAUGGAAAUGCUGCCAUUACAGGGUACACGAUCCAGAAGGCUGACAAGAAGAGCAUGGAAUGGUUCACUGUCAUUGAGCAUUAUCACCGAACCAGUGCCACCAUUUCUGAACUGGUUAUAGGAAAUGAAUACUACUUCCGGGUCUUUGCUGAAAACAUGUGCGGCCUCAGUGAGGAUGCAACGAUGACUAAAGAGAGUGCCGUGAUUGCCAAGGAUGGUAAGAUCUACAAGAAUCCAGUGUAUGAAGACUUUGAUUUCACAGAGGCGCCCAUGUUCACCCAGCCUUUGGUUAACACCUACGCUGUAGCUGGUUACAAUGCCACCCUGAACUGCAGUGUGAGAGGAAAUCCUAAGCCCAAAAUAACCUGGAUGAAAAACAAAGUUACUAUUGUGGAUGAUCCAAGAUACAGGAUGUUCAGCAACCAAGGGGUCUGUACUCUGGAGAUUCGCAAGCCCAGCCCCUAUGAUGGAGGCACUUACAGCUGCAAAGCAGUCAACGACCUCGGGACAGUGGAGAUCGAAUGUAAACUGGAGGUGAAAGUGAUAUAUCAAGGAGUAAAUACCCCUGGACAACCAGUCUUCCUGGAGGGGCAGCAACAGGUUUUUUAAAUCGUAGCACAGUAAGGAUUUUUGAAUGUAUAUUAUCAUCUAAGGUGGCCUUUCCUUCUGCAGGCUCCUCUUGCAAGGCGUGCCUCCUAACAUAAUUGAUUCAUAUUUGCGAGACUUGCAAUCAAGCAAUCCUGAGGAAUAUUGAGGGCUUGGGCACUGCCUCUCCGCACUUCACUGCUUUGAAAUCUGGUUGCAAUGAGAAAGUAUUUUCUGGUUUUCCACCAGGCACUCAAGUGUGGUCAUUUUCUUUCCUCCUAAUGUUGAAGAAAAAAAAAACGGUUUGCACGGAUUGCUUAAUUAAAAAUUGCAAACAAAAUCUCAUUUGAAGUCAGCAUUUUGGUCUUCAUUGUCUAUGCUUGGGCACUGUACUUUACAAAAAUGCAAACUAUAGAAUAAGCAAACCAAUUGUUUUAGUUUAAAAUAGUAGGCUGUAAAUGCUUUUUUUCUUUCCAGAGUAAAACAUAUAGUACAACACACCACUUGAAAACACACCUUUCUCUUGAUCUAAUAGAUUUUUCUAAGCAUGGCAGAGUUGUUUAUUUCACACAGCCCUGCUCAACACCAGUGGCUCUGUGCCCUUUUUCCCAUUUGAAUUCACUAAAAGACUUCUUAAAGUCUUUCAGACAAGUUUUCCCAACAGAAGAGAAAAUGUAUUCAAUAAAUGGCACAAUAAAUCUGAA